AUGUCACCUACAAAAGGCUUCAUGAAUUUUGGUCAGAAGGAAAAGCUUAGCCCGAGAUAUAUAGGGCCUUACAGAGUCAUUCGACGGAUAGGCAAAAUAGCUUAUGAGCUUGAAUUGCCUCCAGAGUUAGAGUCAGACCAUUCGGUUUUCCAUGUAUCCAUGCUAUGGAACUGCAUUGGAUACCCUUCUCGGGUUGUCCCAAUAGAUGACAUUCAGAUUACAGAGGAUCUAUCCUACGAGGAGAUUCCACUGGCUAUUUUAGAUCAACAGCUCCAUAUGUUGAGGACCAAAAAGGUAGCCUCCGUGAAGGUAUUAUGGAAAAAUAAGAACGUCAAAGAAAUGACAUGGGAGGCCGAAGAGGAGAUGAAAUCUAAAUACCCCCACCUCUUUGAAACUGAAGAUAUGGCUUGA